AUGACUCGUGGCGGGGCGGAUCGCGGUGGAGGAAGGAAGCGCCGAGUGCAAAACUUCGGCUAUGACAUAACGCACGGCCUCGCGGCCUCGCUUCCAGUGGCUCGCCGCUAUCGUCGCCGCCGCUUCCCAAACAAGAAGGUCCUCACUCUCCAUCGCUCACCUCCGAACGACUCGAGGUACAAUGGCGCCCUCCGCCCUCCACCGCGCUCCUCCUCCGCCAACAUGCUCGUCCCCCGUCUGAUCCUGGGCGCAGCUGCCUACCUGUCUCUUGCCGCCGCAAGCCUGCACUCAGCUCCGAACGGCAAUUGCUCGAGCCAUGAUCUGCAGGUGCUGUCCUGCUCGCCCGAGAGCCUGACCACCGAUGCCUGCUGUGUUGAGUCGCCUGGCGGGCUCUUGCUGCUGACCCAGCUCUACUCCAAGACCGCUGGCGGACCGGAAAACACCUGGACCAUCCACGGUCUCUGGAACGACUACUGCAACGGCAGCUACCCUUCGUCCUGCGAUGCGUCUAGGAAUUACGUGGAUAUCGCUUCGACGCUUGAGGAAUACGGCCAGGACGAUCUGCUGGGCUACAUGAAGGAGCACUGGAGGAAUGACCCGGUCAUCACCACCUCAAACGGCACGGACGAAGAGCUCUGGGAGCAUGAGUGGAGCAAGCACGGCACCUGCAUGACCACCCUCCGGCCAUCCUGCUACACCCAUUAUACCCCCGAGCUCGAGCUGGUCCAAUUCCUCCACGAAGUCGUCCACCUCCACAAGCAACUUCCUACCCAGGACUAUCUUGCUUCAUGCGGCAUUGUGCCAACGAGCAACGGCACAUACGCCUUGGCGGACAUUGAGGCAUGCUUCACUGAGGCCACGGGAGGAUACCUGCCGCAUAUCGGCUGCACAAAUGGUUCUCUAAGUGAAGUGUGGUAUUAUCAUCACUUGGCUGGUAGGGUCAAUGGUGGAAGCUACGUCCCCACGAACACCACGUACGGAAGCAACUGCCCCAAGACGGGCAUUGUUUACCCACCUAAGCCGGCCUCAUAA